AUGGCCGCAUCCACUGUGUCCGUCUGCUCCAGCGACUUGAGCUAUGGCAGCCGCGUCUGCCUUCCUGGUUCCUGUGACUCUUGCUCUGACACCUGGCAGGUGAAUGACUGCCCAGAGAGCUGCUGCGAGCCCCCCUGCGGCGCCCCCAGCUGCUGCGCCCCAGCCCCCUGCCUGACCCUGGUCUGCACCCCAGGGAGCUGUGUGUCCAGCCCCUGCUGCCAGGUGGCCUGUGAGCCCAGCCCUUGCCAAUCAGGCUGUACCAGCUCCUGUACGCCCUCGUGCUGCCAGCAGUCUAGCUGCCAGCCGGCUUGCUGCACCUCCUCCCCCUGCCAGCAGGCCUGCUGUGUGCCCAUCUGCUGCAAGCCUCCUGUCUGCUGCAAGCCCGUCUGCUGUGUGCCCACCUGCUCUGAGGAUUCCUCUUCCUGCUGCCAGCAGUCUAGCUGCCAGUCAGCUUGCUGCACCUCCUCCCAAAGCCAGCAGGGCUGCUGUGUGCCUGUCUGCUGCAAGCCUGUGUGCUGUGUGCCCGUCUGCUCUGGGGCUUCCACUUCAUGCUGCCAGCAGUCUAGCUGCCAGCCGGCUUGCUGCACCACCUCCUGCUGCAGACCCUCCUCCUCCAUGUCCCUCCUCUGCCGCCCCGUGUGCAGGCCCGCCUGCUGCGUGCCCGUCUCCUCCUGCUGCACCCCUGCCUCCUCCUGCCAGCCCAGCUGCUGCCGCCCAGCCUCCUGUGUGUCUCUCCUUUGCCGCCCCGCGUGCUCCCGCCCGGCCUGCUGA